AUGGGUGGUGAAGACUGGAGGAGGAAGAGGGCACGGGACCCCGCCAAGCCUGACCCGCGUCGUCGUCGACAACAUCAGCGAACGCGUUCUCCCACCACCACCACCAUAGCACAAUCCGAUCUCCCUUCACCAUCUGCGACGGGAUCCAGGAGAGACGCGCAUAUCUCGUCGUAUCCACUGCGGAAAGAGGAGCUGAAGGAGCUGAAAGUGAAGAGACGCCCAGGUGCUUCUUCCUUGUCCCACAUCUCUUCCCCCGCACUGCAACGCGUGCGCGCGCUCCUGGAAACCCGUCCACAUAAGGGCACAGCCCAGCAGCAGCGGCAGCAGCAGCAGCAGCAACAACAACGACCACAGCAACAAUCUCGUCUCUGUGCCCCUCCGCGGCGCUGCUCGACAAGCCCUCUGAAGGUCUCCUCCUCUGACUGCUUAGAGGUAUCCUCAUCGCGUGCGCUCACCCCGGGGCUGCGGCGGUCGAAGCUGCUACCUCCUGUUCCGGCGCCUGUGCCUUCGCGAGACUUCUUUGCUGAGUGGGCGGGUCUGGAUGAUAUUGACUGGGAACCCUUGAUGCAGAUCUCGAGCCCGGCAGAGAAGUUUGCUGUUCCGCUGGUAUUCACGGCGUGUGCAGAGGACAACGAUACCGAAGAAGACGAAGACGAGGACGAAGCACCAUCUCCUUCUGCCCGUGCUAGCACUAUCGACCUAGGCCGCCAAGACUUUGCGAUUGAGGUGGUGGGGGAUGAGCGGAUAGAUAUGGCGAGGAGGGGCUUCAAGGGGGAGAGCUUCGGGGUGGGGGGCGACCAAGAUGGGGAUGAUGGAGGGGAUGAUACGGAGCUUUUGCUGCGGGAGCAGUUACAGGCUGGGGUUGCGGCAGAUGAUGGGCAAGUGAGCAGAAGCAGCAGGCCGAAGAAGAGGUCUUCUACCCGGGCGAGGAGUAAACGCCUGAAGCGUGCUCGCCGCUGGUCUGGGGCUGGGGCUGAGGCUGGGGUGACGGCGGGACCCCAAGUGGGAGCUCUGAGGUCUGAGGUUGUGAAUGAAGAGGGAGAAGAGGAGGGAGAGGAAAAAGAGGAGGGAGAGGAAGAGGAAGCGGAAGUGGAAGCGGAAGCGGAAGAUGGAGAGGAAGAAGAGAAAUACACCGUCGACAAGAUCCUAGGCAAGAGAAAGUUCAAGGGUAGAGAUCACUACCUGGUGAAAUGGAAGGGCUACGCAGAGGUGCGCGAUCGGACGUGGGAGCCUUGCGAUCGGCUCGGGGAUGAUGUUCCCGAUGUGGUUCGGGAGUACGAGGGGAGGAGGCUGAGGCUGAGGCAGAAGAGGCUGAGGAGGAGGAAGUAG